AAACACCAACGGUUAAAAGCUUUUUAUUAAAACCUCAAUCAUCAUCGUCUUCUUCGAUAAUAAAUUUUGAUUUUUUACCAGGCCAAUGGGUGGAUGUUUUUAUACCAAACAUACCAAUAACAGGCGGAUUUACAAUAACAUCUACCCCACUAUACUAUAAAAAAACCUCGUUAUUCGAAUUAGCGAUAAAAUAUUCAUCUCACCCUCCCUCAAAAUGGUUUCACGAGUCAUCAAAAAUAGGCGAUUUUGUCAAAGUUAGAAUUGGUGGUGAAUUUGUUUGGGAUGACAAAAAAGAAAAAUCCACAAAUAACAUUCUGUUCAUUGCUGGUGGUGUUGGAAUCAAUCCAUUGAUGAGCAUGUUACAAUCGAUUUUUGAAAAAAAUAUCAAAGGAAUUGGUGGUGUAGAUAAUGAUGAUGGAUUUGUCAAUAGGAUUCAAUUGUUAUAUAGCGCAAGACGGUUUAACGAGCUUUUGUUUUACAAUAGAAUUGAAAAUAUAAGAAUUCAAUCGUCACAUAUUUUGGAUUGUAAAUGUUUCUUAACUAGAGAAGAUGGUGAUCUAUCAUCUUUAUCAUCAUCUCUAUCACCACCUAAUCGAGUAGAUGAAAUCACUACGGAAAAUAAAACUGUUUAUGGACAGAGAAUCAGCAAACAGAUUAUAAGAGAUGUUAUUGACAAGGAGAAGAAAGAAACUAAUGAUGAUUUAAACGGUUUCAAGUGUUUUAUAUGUGGACCUAGCCAAAUGGAAGAUGAUAUUAUUAGUUGGUUGAAAGAAACUGGCGUUGAUGAUAAAAAAAUCAUUAGCGAAAAAUGGUGGUAA